CUGAGACAACAACAAAAUAGUCGAAAAAAUGGCAUCCGCACUCAUUAGAAUGGGCCCCCCGGAUAAUACGGAUAAUACUGUUGAUAAUCUCCCAGCCAUUGGCAGUGAAGUUCAAGUCAUGCCUGGUAAUAUACUUGCCCAGAGACUGCCCCCAAGUUUCACAUCGGAGUCUGGAGAACCUAUUACGAUCUUUAUAAUUGGCAUCACCGGCUAUAUUGGUGGUACCGUUGCUCGUUACCUUAUCAGGUCUCAUCCCGAACUCGAGGUAGCUGCUCUUGUACGAAACGAAAAUCAUGUAACCAGUACUUCGGCAAUGUUUCCAAGGGUCCGGAUAGUGAGAGGGUCUCUUGAUGACCGGGACAUCUUGAUCGAGGAGUGUUCAAAAGCAAAAAUGGUUCUACAGAUGGCUACGGAGCAUGAGGAAGGCUUGUCGUCAAUCAUCGAAGGCAUAAGAAGUAGCGACGAGAGAGAUUGCGGGUAUCUCAUACACACGUCUGACAUAUCGAUGCUGGUCGACCAAGCCCUUGCACUGGGAGAGUACGAAGACAGGGUGAACGAUGAUGUUGCCGAUUUCGAUAGAAUCAAGGAAAAACUGUCAAAACAUCCCAGGGGUUUGGAAACAAUGAUCAUGAAUGCCGCAGCACAUAAUACAGAGAACCGGAGGCCUGUGAAAACGGCCAUAAUUUCCUCGUCAGCAGUAUAUGGCUUUGGGAGGGGGCCAAUCAGCAAACGCGGAGGCAAGUUGACAGCAAUGAUGAGGGCUAUCAUACUACAUAAAAGCCCUUUCAAGGUGGAAAAUGGAAAAAACUAUUGGAGUGCCGUCGAUAUUGACAAUCUGGCUAGGGCAUACUUGUGCUUAGUCGAGAAAGCACUCGGCCCAGUAGGUGUGGGUGACGGACACUGGGAUUCUAAAGGGUACUAUGUUGCUGAAACAGAAGAACUUUGCUGGGCCGAAUUUGCACAAGACAUAGGCGAACGGGUCCAGGAACGACUUUUUGUCGACGAACCAGUUGUUAUGAAGAAGUUGACCGCCAGCGAGGUCGAUGCAAUAUACGCCGGAGGUUCGACAUACUGGGGAACAAACGCUAGGUGCAUUGGAAGUCGCCUGCGCCAGAUUGGUUGGAACCCCGAGCGUGCCGAUCUGAUCAAAUACGUCAACCAAAUAUUGAGGUUUGAGAUUGAGGAUCUUUAUGGGAUCACCAUUGAGGAACAAGAACUCGAAGAAGACGAGAGACGUCCUAGGGGUUACCUAGAUAACUCCCCCGCUUUACAGGCCAGCUUUGGAAACGUCAUAAAUGAGAAUAAGGGGAGAAUGAGGAAAAUGAGGGAGAAGGGAGAGAAACGGGAGAAGGGAGAGAAGGGGGAGAAGGGGGAGAAGGGAGAGAAGGGGGAGAAGGGGGAGAAGGGGGAGAAGGGGAAGAAGGGGGAGAAGGGGGAGAAGGGGGAGAAGGGGGAGAAGGGGGAGAAGGGGAAGAAGGAGGAAGAAGAGGAGGAGGAGGAAGAAGAGGAGGAGGGGGAAGAAGAGGAGGAGGGGGAAGAAGGGGGAGGGGGGGGGGAGGGGGAAGAAGAGUAA